AUGUAUGUGUUCCUCUCCAAUCUGUCACUGUCGGAGGUCUUGCUCACCACAAACAUUGUCCCCCCCAUGCUCCAUAUAUUACUUAGUAACGGGGCAAUUAUUUCUCUUGUUGGAUGUUUCGUACAAUUUUUCUUAUUUGGUGUGUUUGUGGUGACAGAGAGCUUCCUCCUCUCAGCAAUGUCCUAUGACAGAUUUUUGGCGAUCUGCAAACCUCUUCAUUACACACUGAUUAUGGACCCCAGGCUGUGCCUUUGUUUGAUCCUUGUCUGCUGGAUGUUGGGAUUCCUGAUCAUGACCAUUGCUUUAUGUGUUGUGAACACUUUGUAUUUCUGUAGAGAAAAUAUUGACCAUUUCUAUUGUGAUUUUAUUCCGAUAUUGAAGCUUGCCUGUUCGGACACUUCCAUGGUUGAAAUAGUUACAUGUUUCCUUUCAUCCUCAGCUACUAUGUUCCCAUUCCUGGUAAUCAUUGUUACUUAUGGGUUUAUUAUCCGUGCCAUUGCUGGGAUUUCAUCUUCCACUGGCAAAGAGAAAGCUUUCUCCACCUGUAGUUCCCACCUGGGAGUCGUUUUCACAUAUUUUACACCACCAUGA